AUGGUCGCCAUACCUACUCUCUCUCUCCUAUUGGUGCUGGUAGAGUGGGCAGGUCUGCUGGACGCCUCCCCCCACCUUCUGCUCCGGCCCAGCCCGCGGGAGCGCGAUGCCGGGGCCAUCAUGAACUUCAACAUAGCAGUGAUCCACGCCGGAGCCACGGUGCAGGCCGAGGCGGCUGUGGCGGGGCCCGGGGGGCGGGUGCUGUACCCGGGCUUCGGUCGGGUCUACGGGUCCUUAGGAGAGAGUGUGGUCACCCAGUGGGGCUCUGCCAACGUCAUCUGGCUACAGGUGAAUGACAGUAGUCCAAAGACUGUGCUGUCCCAGCUGUGUGAGCUGCUGGCUGCACGGCCCCUGCAGGGUCUGGUGUAUGAAGAGGAGAGGCCCCCACGCACGGCCUGGGGCCCACUGGCCCCAAUGCUGGAGUUUGUCUCGGCCCAAACGGGACUGCCCAUAGUGGCAGUAGGAGGGGGAGCUGGGCUGGGGAGGAUGCCUCAGGAGACAGGUUCCAUCUUUCUGCAGUUCAGCUCGUCCACGGCGCUGCAGCUGGAGGUCAUCUUCGAGGUGCUGGAGGAGUACGACUGGACCGCCUUCUCGGUGGUCUCGACUCGUCACCAUGGAUACCAGGACUUCCUGUCAGUGGUGGAGGGCCUGACGGACGGCUCGUUCAUUGGCUGGGAGAAGAAGAGUGUGGUGAUCCUGAACGUGACCGAUGACCCAGGGGGGGCUCGCACGCGCAGGCUGCUGAAGGAGAACGAGGCGCAGGUGCGUUUGCUGUACUGCUCGCAGGAGGAGGCGGAGCUUGUGUUCCGGGCAGCGUGGGCAGCGGGUCAGGCGGGCGCAUCCCACAUGUGGUUUGCGGUGGGUCCCGCUCUGUCCGGGCUGAGCAUGGACACAAUGCCCCGGGCGCUGUUCGCCGUACGGCCGCAGGGCUGGAGGGACGAACCCAGGCGCAGGAUCGCCCGCGGGGUGUCCGUGCUCACCCACGGAGCUGUGGCCAUGCGCAAGGACUAUGGAACCACGGGAGGGCCAAAUUUUGUCACCAACUGCAUGACUGAUGCCAACCAGACCCAGAGACUACGAGGCAGGAUGAGGUAUUUUAGCAACAUCACGCUCGGUGGCAGGGACUACUCCUUCAACAGCGACGGAUACCUGGCUAACCCAUUCCUGGAUGUUAUUUCCUGGACGCCUGGACGUGGAUGGGAAGAUGUAGGCUGGUGGGAGAACGGGGUGCUGAGGCUGCGGUACCCAGCCUGGUCCCGGUACGGCCCCUUCCUCAAACCUCCUGACGACGCACAGCACCUUCGGGUGGUCACUCUGGAGGAGAGGCCCUUCGUCAUCGUGGAGCUCGCCGACGCCGCCUCCGGGACCUGCAUCCGUGACUCCGUGCCUUGCAGAAGACCUCUCAAUGCCAGUGCGAUCCAUGAAGGCGUGGCCCCCCUGAAGCAGUGCUGUAAGGGCUUCUGCAUCGACAUCCUCAAGAGACUGGCAAAGAUCGUGGGCUUCACCUACGACCUGUACCUCGUGACCAACGGAAAACAUGGCAAGAAGAUCGACGGAGUGUGGAAUGGCAUGAUUGGAGAGGUCGUGUACAAACGAGCGGACAUGGCCAUUGGAUCCCUGACGAUCAACGAGGAGAGGUCAGAAGUCGUGGAUUUCUCUGUUCCUUUCGUGGAGACAGGAAUCAGUGUUAUGGUCUCCCGUAGCAACGGCACUGUUUCACCAUCCGCCUUCUUAGAGCCCUACAGUCCGGCUGUGUGGGUGAUGAUGUUCGUCAUGUGUCUGACCGUUGUGGCUGUGACCGUCUUCAUCUUUGAGUUCUUCAGUCCUGUGGGCUACAACCGCAGCCUGCAGACCGGCAAAAAGACUGGAGGGUCGACCUUUACUAUAGGAAAGUCAGUUUGGCUGCUGUGGGCCAUUGUCUUCAAUAACUCGGUGCCAGUGGAGAACCCCCGAGGAACCACCAGUAAGAUCAUGGUUCUGAUCUGGGCCUUCUUCGCUGUCAUAUUCCUGGCCUCUUACACUGCCAACCUGGCCGCCUUUAUGAUCCAGGAGGAGUACAUCGACACUGUGUCCGGCCUCUCUGACAAAAAGUUUCAGCAUCCAGAGGAGCAGUACCCGCCUCUCAAGUUUGGCACUGUGCCCAACGGGAGCACCGAGAAGAAUAUCCGUUCCAACUACCCAGACAUGCACCAGUACAUGGGCAAGUACAACCAGAGGAGGGUGGAGGAGGCCAUUAUCAACCUCAAGACCGGGAAGCUAGAUGCUUUUAUUUACGACGCUGCAGUGUUGAACUAUAUGGCCAGGAAGGACGAAGGUUGUAAGGUGAUGACCAUAGGCUCGGGGAAGGUAUUUGCCACCACAGGCUACGGUAUCGCCUUGCACAAGAACUCGCGCUGGAAACGUCCUCUUGACCUGGCUCUGCUGCAGCUGGUGGGAGAUGAUGAAAUAGAAAUGCUGGAGCGCCUUUGGCUGUCUGGAAUCUGCCAUAAUGACAAAAUUGAGGUGAUGAGCAGUAAACUGGACAUCGACAACAUGGCUGGGGUCUUCUACAUGCUCCUGGUGGCCAUGGGGCUCAGCUUGCUGGUCUUUGCCUGGGAACACUUGGUCUAUUGGAAAUUACGCCACUGCAUAGCCACCAACUCUGGGAAACUGGACUUCCUCCUGGCCAUCAGCAGGGGCAUGUACAGCUGCUGUAGCUUUGAGGAUGAAACUGCACCAGGUGGCCCAAAAACUCUGCCCUCUCAUCACCACGCUGCCAUGGUGACCGUCCCGUCCCAGGCUCACGUUGUGUCCACGUCUAUGACCAGUCCAGCCAUGGCUCUGACCCAACAGCAGCCGCCUCCACAGCAGCAGCCUCAGCCUGUGUACAAAACACCUCUGCCCGGCUCCCCUCCCACCGUGCUGCACUCGGGAUCCGCCCUCGGCCCUUCAAACAAUCCUAUUGCUGGUGCACCUCUCCCCUGCUCCACCUUCCUGCCUCGGCCAGAUCGCCGCCUGGCUGUGGUAGAUCGAUGGAGGCUGCCCAAAUCUGCUACUGCAACCAAUCCUCUGGCUCUCAGGGGUGGGAUCACCGACAUGGGACCGUUUGCUCAGAAAGUCCCUUCAAACUGGCCUUCAUCUGCUGGAGGAGGCGGGGGACUGGAUGGCUAUAAGCGCUACUAUGGUCCCAUUGACCCUGAGGGACUGGGGCCCUGCAUGGAGCAGCAGGCAGGGUCCCAGACCCCCAAGACUAUCCCCCGGGGGGGCACUAAACCCCUGGCCACGCCCAGACUGCCUCCAAAGAGCCAGGCCCCUCUGCCCCCCACACCUCCGCUGCCACAUCCCUCUCCCCCUCUCCCCUCAUCCUUCUGGAGGAAACGAAGGCCCAAGAAGCCCAAAGAGCCUGGAGGGCCGCUCUAUGAGAACAUUCUGCCUCUGGGACGGAGGGGUGGGGCACGGGACAUUGUGAGGGAGGGAGGAGCGAGAAAAGGACGACCCUUGUCUCCUCCCCUCUCACUCCCAAUGCCUGUGCCCCUCAGCCCCACUUAUACCCCUCCCUCCCCCUCAGCGUCCCUGCACUACACCACCACCUCCUCCUCAUCCUCCUCUUCAUCCUCGUCCACGUCCUCCUCCGCGUCCUCGUCCCGCUCCACCUCUCCCACGUACUCGUACAGCUCCUCCCGCAGCACACGGGACCGGACCGGAGGCAUCGACGCCGAGGAUGACGACGACGAUGAGGAGCUGACGGAGGAGUCCAGCCUUCUUUUAGGGAGAGGGAGGGAAAGAGAGCGCUCACUUAUACGACCUCGAUCCCUGAGCCACGGGCGCCUGCCGCCUCCUAUUCCUCCCAGGAAACCCCGCACGUCCUGGGGCGAUCGGGAGAGGGAGCGGGAGAGAGAUAGGGUGGGGAGCCAACUGUCCCAGCUCCAAGAAUGGUGGGCUAGUUGGAAUGAGAGAGAGAGGGGAGGGGUGGGUGACACCGAUAGGCAGAAGCGAGAGAAAAAGAGGAGAAAGGAGAAGGAGAAAGAGAAGAAGAAAAAGAAAAAGAAUAAAAAGAGGAAAAAACGUGAGGAGCGAGAAAGGGAGAGAGAGAGGGAACGGAAGCGCAGGAAAGUUAAGAAGAAGAAAAAAAAACGCAGUGAGAACGAGGAGGGAGAUGUGGAGGCAGAGAGGGAGGGGGAUGCAGAGGGAGAGAGGGAGGGCGGCAUACAGGACUACUCUUCCUUUUCGGCACAGUAUAGGAGCACAUUUGGAGAGAAAGUACGAGAUUCGUGGGACGGGGACAGGGCCAGGAGGGAAGGGCCUGAUGAGGGGAAUGAUAGAGAGGAAGAGGACAGCAGCCGAAGCAGGGAAAGACGACCAAAAUCCUCCCACUCACGCUCUGCACAUCGCACUCCCAAACGCUAUCCAAACCUCAACAAACUCCCCGCGUCUGUUAAAUUCUGGGUCAACGGCAGAGAGGGAGACUCAAAUACCACUCCGACAUCUAUCCAUCCACUUCUUCCAUCCACCAAGCGACGGAGGAGUGGAGGGAUGGACCGGGAGGACAGUGGUAGACAAGGGGAGCGGCGACCUUUAUUAAUGCAUUAUGAGAAAGAGAAAGCACAGGCGAGAGAGGGACUGUCGUUUCCUGAGUGGGAUUCAGAGGAUGAUGAUGAUGACGAUGAGGAUGAGGAGGAAGAUAGAGGAAGGAGGCCAGGCAGAGGGGCGGUGUCCGAGUCAGAGAGGGACAGGGUCAGGGUCGAGGACAGUUAUUCGGAUGAGGGCUCGUCAGGUGAGUUUGGACGGUUUGAGAGGUACUGGGAAGGGGGCGCAGGGGGCAGUAGCUCUGGGAUUGGAGGCAUAGGUGGAGGAGGUUGGUUCUUCGGAACAUACCCCUCCAGAGAGAAAGGGGGCAGUGUGAACAGCAGAGAUGACUCCCUGCUUGGCACCCGCGCAGAAGGCUGGAUCGGUUCUGAUUUCUGGGGGUCCGGACCAGGCGUGGGCUGGGGGUCCGGAGGAGGGAGCGGCGGUCUGGGGUCACAGUGGCCCCCGCCCCCCGCAGCCUUCCCACCACCGAGAAGAUACUGGUCCAUGGACAAGAUCCCAGUGAAAGGAGAGAAGCGGUGGAAGGGUGGGAAGAGUAAGAGGUCUCGGGACAGAGAUGACCCUGGACGAUCCACCAUAUGCUCCUGCAGCUUGUACCCCCACCCUCACCCCUACCCCCACGCCCACGGCCGCUCGCACACGUCUCACAGCAAGAGAGGAGCCACCACACUGUCCCACAGCCAGGAGGAACUCCUGCCCCAUUGUCACAGCUUCAGUGGUGGGUCUCGACCCAAGCCCCUCCCCCCAAAACCUGACCCAAGUCAGUCCAAAUCAGGCAGCCAAUCUAACCUCAGCCUCGGUGCGCAGCCUGCUGACCAUCCAGCCCAAGCCUCUCCGUCGCCCCCUCAGCAGCCCUCCCUGUCCCCCACGUCGCUCCCCAUGCCCAUCCCCCCUCCCCCCUCGUCGGCCUCCGUCUCGCCUCCUCCGGGGGUCGGGAUGGUGAGCCAGGGACAGGCUCCGGCUUCAGCCAGUGCCAAACUUCAGUACCAGAGACUGCGCUCUGUGCCACAGCCACGGAGGUUUUACUCCCCUCACCUGCCGCUCAAAGCCAAGAGCCUGUGCUCCCGCAGAGGCUCCGCCCACUUCUCCAGCCUGGAGAGCGAGGUAUGA